AUGGAAGCACUGAGAGAGUCUUUUCUUCAUUUGACUUUGCAGAUGUCCACAUACAGGCGAGCCACCCUGGACGAGGAGGACCUGGUAGACUCCACCAGUGACGAUAUCUACCCAUCAGCUCCCAUGCAGGUGAGCCUUCUGCGUGGCCGUUCCUCAUGUUGGCCGAGCAGGACACAGACGGAGAGGAGGCUAAUGUGCUUGGUGUGUGUUCUGUCAGUGGGCCUGUUCAUAACUCUCAUCACAACUGGGAUUUUCUACAAACAGACACACCCAGGCGUGUGCCUAACAGAGCCAUGCAUUACUGUGGCCAGUGCGGUUCUGGGAGCCAUGGACCGAUCCGUAGAUCCCUGCCAGGACUUCUAUAACUUUGCUUGUGGGGGCUGGAUAAAAAACAACCCACUAUAUGAGGGCAAGUCCCGCUGGGGUUCUUUCAGCAACCUGUGGGAACACAACAUGCUUGUAAUGAAGCAGUUAUUAGAAAACACAACAAUGAAAGGUUUAAGUGAGGCUGAAGAAAAGGCCCAGCGAUAUUAUGAGGCCUGCAUGAAUGAGUCCAAGAUUGAGGAAUUGGGAGCUAAGCCACUCCAGCAACUAAUUGACCAGAUCGGAGGAUGGGGUCUGACUGAACCUUGGGACAAGGACAACUUCCAAAAAGUUCUGCGAACAGUGUCUGCCAACUUGCGUACUUCUCCUUUCUUCACUGUGUUUGUCAACACAGACUCCAAAAACUCCAGUACUAACAUCAUCCAGGUGGAUCAGACCAGCCUGGGACUACCUUCACGUGAUUACUACCUCAACAAAACUGCAAAUGAAAAGUAUCUGACAGCAUACCUCAACUUUCUAGUGGAGUUGGGAGUUCUUCUGGGUGGCACAAAGGAAAGUUCUCGGGCCAUGAUGGAGGAAGUUUUAGAUUUUGAAACCACCCUGGCCAACAUCACGGUCCCUCAGGAGGAGAGAAGAGAUGAGGAGCUCAUUUACAAUAAGAUGGAGGCCAAGGACCUGGCAACUCUGGCUCCAGCAGUGGACUGGAUGGCAUACCUCAGAGAAAUGUUUGCUUCUGUGUCACUUAAUGAAUCAGAGCCAGUGGUGGUUUAUGCCAAAGAAUACCUCCAGAAAGUUUCUGACCUCAUAACUAAAACAAAUAAAAGCCUUCUCAACAACUACAUGAUGAUGAAAGUAGUGAGAAAGAUGGCUUCAAUUUUGGACCAAAGGUUCCAGGAUGCAGAGCAGCGUUUCCUUGAGGUCAUGUAUGGAACCAAGAAGAGCUGCACUCCACGCUGGAAGGUGUGCGUCAGCGACACAGACAGUGCCUUGGGCUUUGCUCUUGGAGCUAUGUUUGUCAAAGCCACCUUUGCUGAGGACAGCAAAGCCAUUGCUGAGAAUAUGGUUACAGAGAUUAAGCAGGCAUUUGAGGAUGGAUUGAAGUAUGUGAGCUGGAUGGACACAGAAACAAAAAAGGCAGCACAAGAAAAAGCAGAUGCAAUAUACAACAUGGUCGGGUAUCCUGAAUUCAUCAUGAAUGCCACGAAACUGGAUAAAGUGUUCAAUGAUUUUGCUGUGGUGUCAGGCCUUUACUUCCAGAAUGUUAUGCAGUACUACAACUUCUCAGGCAGAGUGACUGCAGACCAGCUGAGGAAACCUCCUAACCGAAACCAGUGGAGCAUGACCCCUCCAACAGUAAAUGCCUAUUAUAACCCAACAAAAAAUGAGAUGGUUCUGCCUGCAGGAAUCCUGCAAGUUCCAUUCUACAGUCGCUCUUGGCCUAAAGCUCUGAAUUUUGGUGGAAUUGGAGUUGUCAUGGGCCAUGAGCUGACUCAUGCGUUUGAUGACCAAGGCAGGGAGUAUGAUAAAGAUGGAAACCUACGCCCUUGGUGGAAGAACUCUUCUGUUGAAGCUUUCAAGAAGCAAACCCAGUGCAUGGUGGAGCAAUAUGGCAAUUACAGCAUCAACCAAGAGCCUCUGAAUGGAAGACAAACGCUGGGAGAAAACAUCGCUGACAACGGUGGACUCAAGGCUGCUUACAAGGCUUAUUUGAACUGGAUUAAAAGGAACGGAGAAGAGGCCACGCUGCCAGCGCUGGGAAUGACGAACCAUCAACUGUUUUUUGUGGGAUUUGCCCAGGUAUGGUGCUCUGUCAAGACACCCGAGAGCUCGCACGAGGGCGUUAUGACAGAUCCUCACAGUCCUCCGAGAUUUAGGGUCAUCGGCACAGUGUCAAAUUCACGUGAAUUCUCAAAGCACUUUGGAUGCAAAGCAGACACUCCCAUGAACCCAAAUCACAAGUGUGAGCUUUGGUGAUGCCUCAUUGAUCACCAAUUUUAACAGGAGUGAAACUGACACUGGGGGUUGUUUAAGAUGCUGACAAAGCCUCAUGAGACUGGGAUGCAGGAAUCACUGAAAGUCCCCUCUUGCUACUUAGUGCUUAUCAGGCUGUUUAUCGGGACAAAAUGUAGCUGCUGUGUUGGAAGGAUUACAGUCCUCACUGCUUCUAUGCAAAGACAGUUUUAGCAAACUGCAUUCCCCAAAACUGAGAUUUAAUGUUGCUUUAUUUUGUUUUGUCGGUUUGUUUGAACACUUUGAAACCCCACCCGAUGGUUACGAUGGAGGAACCACUCUUCUGGCUUCAUAUUUUCAAAUGAGCAGAUUAAUGGGACUUUUUGUUACUUUCCACUGAGCUUUUAUCUGCUGCUUUUAUUGAAUGUUAUAUUUAAAGUUUUUGUCCUUUUAUACAAGUGAAGCAGGAAUUUAAAGAUUUUUAACCUGAUGAAAGUGCAGUUCACUGUUUUGUUCUUUUUGUGUUUGUUUUUUUUCUUUUUAAAGCCAUUAAGGGGUAAAAAUACGUUUUAAUGAUGGAAGUGUUUGCCUUUAAACACUUAAUAUUCCAAAAAUGUGUACAGUUUGGUCAGUGUCAUUCAGAACUUGAGUAAGCUAAGCCACAAUGUGCCAUACCCAUUUAUACAGUUUGUCACAAAUUUUGUACAUUAAAGCCAAUCUAGAAACAUU